UGAGCUGAGCCCUUCAAUUUUUCUCUUCAUCCAUUCCCUCUUCUCUGUUUUCAGUAAAAAUGGCGUCCCAGCCUCUCCGGACUUUCCUCCUCCUCUCCACUUUGCUUCUUCUCAGCCCGUAUUUCGCCAACGCAGCCACCGAGACAGGCAAAGCCCUGAUAACCAAAACUUGCAACCGAACUUAUUAUCCCACGGAGUGCAUUAAAGCUUUGGAAUCGAACCCGCGGAGCUCGAAUGCUGAUCUGCCAACCCUAGCCCAGAUCUCCAUGCAGGUGUCUUCUUCCAAAGUUAAAGAUGGCUAUCCGGUGGUUAGAGGGUGGGUCUUAAAAGCUCCAGACUACCCCAGCUGGGGCAUGUACGCAGCGUGUGCGGCCUACUACAACGAAAGCAUCACCGAUUUGAAUGUGGGUCUCCAGUUUUUCGAUCGGAAGGAAUACAAGGAUGCAUUUUCCAAGGUUGUUUCUGUUAACAAGGCCGUCGUCACCUGCAACAACUUCAACAUGGCACCGAUUUCGCAGAUAAAUGGUGCUUUGAUUAGAUUAACCAACAAUACGGGUACCAUUUUGAGUCUUCUCUUCUAAGUUGAAACAGGGUCUUUAGUCGGUUUCAUGGUGCUAAUGUAUUUUUUCUUUUUUCAAUAAAAAUGAGGAAUAACGCACCUAAGUAGGCAUUUAAACUUUUCCCAUUGAUGCAGUAAUAAUCAAUAUGUUAUGGUUUU